AUGGCUCUGCGAGCACCCGGCGCCCUCGCCGAGCCCGGGGACCUACGCAAGAGCGUGGUGAAGGUCUUCGUCAGAUCUGCACACGCAAACUGGACCUCUCCGUGGCAGACCCAGUCACAGACCUCUUCAACCGGAUCUGGCUUCUGCAUCGAUGCGUCCCGUCAGCAGGUGCUGACCAAUGCCCACGUCGUCAGCCACGCGGUGGUCGUGCGUGUGCGCCGCUAUGGGCAGGCCGUCAGCUACCCUGCCAGUGUACUUUGUUCGUCUCCGCAAUGCGACCUUGCCGUGCUGGAGGUCACUGACUCUGGCUUCUGGGAGGGCCUUGGCGCCAUCGAGCUCUCCGAAGAGAUCCCACCCCUCGAUGCCGAUGUUCUCACCGUGGGAUAUCCUAUGGGGGGCGAGAACAUCUGCGUGACGCGGGGCGUGGUGUCACGCAUCGACCUGAUGGACUACACCUUCUCUCCCAUAGGCGGUGAGCGGCAGCUGGUGAUCCAGGUCGACGCGGCAAUCAAUCCUGGAAACUCCGGAGGCCCGGUGCUGGAUGCGCAGGGCAGGGCCGUCGGCGUUGCAUUCGCCGGGCUGCGUGCCAGCGCCAACAUCGGCUACGUGAUUCCCGGUGCCGUGGUGCAUUUCUUCCUUCGCAGCCUUCGUGGGACGCCCGUGGGCUUGGCAAAGGGCCUCUGCUCCCUCGGCGUUCGCCUUCAGCACGCCAAGUCGCCGGCGCUUCGGCGCCUCAGGGGCCUGGAGGAGGCUCGAGGUGACGGGGUGCUGGUGACCGACGUUGCACCGCUGUCUCCUGCCGCGGAUGCAGGUAUCCAGGUUGGGGACGUGCUCCUGGCUGUAGACGGCGUUCCUGUGGCGGAGGAUGGCACCGUUCCCUUCCGCGAAAUGGAGCGGAUCGGGUUCGAGUUUCUGAUCACUCGGAAAGUGGUCGGCGAGACCAUGAGAGUGCAGCUCCUCACUGGCGGCAAGGACGGCCAAGCCAUCGCCGUGCCAGCCGAGUUGGAGCUGAAAGCCGAUUAUGUCGAGAAGCUCGUUCCCAGAAGGGACGGUGGCGACGCGCAGCCCUCGUAUCUCAUCGUGGGAGGCUUGGUCUUUGUUCGGCUCACGCUCCCUUGGAUGCUGUCGCGCUUCCGGGAGGUGCGGAAGGCGCCUCCCGAGCUCCAGGCGAAGCUUUGGGAGCACAAGACCUCUCCAAAGCAGGAGGUCGUCGUCUUGGCCAAAGUGCUGGCGGCAGAGGUGAACUAUGGUUACGAGGACUUUCAGUGCCUGGAGCUUCUCAGCUUCGGAAGUUACUCAGAUCCGGGAGCCGAGGGUCCGAGCCAGACUGCCGAGAGCUUAAAGCAGCUGUACAAGUACACAAGUUCAAUGCUAGGCUCCAAGACAUCUGAGCCCGCGGCCUUCCUUCGUUUUGAGUUCAACGGCGUGGAAAUCGUCCUGGAUGUGGAGCAGUGCCGCCGCUCGGGCGCUGGCAUCUUGCGCCAACAUGGCAUCGCCAGAGAUUGCUCACACGACUUGCUGGACGACCCUGUGCUCAGCCGCCUCUGA